CACCGCCUGCCGUAAAGCGUUUAACUGCGCAUGCGCAGUGCGCGUCUCUGUCGUCGUCGUUGAGGGAGUAGGAGAGGAGGCAAGAGCAGCGAUGGCAGCCCCAGCGAGACCGCGCCGCGUGCUCGAGGAGGACUUCUCCAAGAUCGAGUUCGAGACGAGCGAGGAGGUGGACGUGACGCCCACCUUCGACUCCAUGGGGCUGCGCGAGGACCUGCUGCGCGGCAUCUACGCCUACGGUUUUGAGAAGCCCUCGGCGAUCCAGCAGCGAGCCAUCAAGCAGAUCAUCAAGGGCCGUGACGUCAUCGCACAGUCUCAGUCCGGUACGGGGAAAACGGCGACCUUCUGCGUGUCGGUGCUCCAGUGCCUGGACACCCAGGUCCGGGAAACCCAAGCCCUCAUCUUGUCUCCAACAAGAGAGUUGGCCACACAAAUACAGAAGGUGCUGAAGGCGCUGGGAGACUACAUGAGCGUUCAGUGCCACUCGUGCAUCGGCGGCACCAACGUGGGUGAGGACAUCCGCAAGCUGGACUACGGGCAGCACGUCGUGGCCGGCACGCCGGGCCGUGUCUUCGACAUGAUCCGUCGCAGGAAUCUGCGCACGCGUGCGAUAAAGAUGCUGGUUUUGGACGAAGCGGACGAGAUGCUCAACAAAGGCUUCAAGGAGCAGAUCUACGACGUGUACCGCUACCUGCCCCCGGCGACGCAGGUGUGCCUCAUCAGCGCCACGCUGCCGCACGAGAUCCUGGAGAUGACGAACAAGUUCAUGACGGACCCCAUCCGCAUCCUGGUCAAACGUGACGAGUUGACCCUGGAGGGCAUCAAGCAGUUCUUCGUGGCCGUGGAGCGCGAGGAGUGGAAGUUCGACACCCUGUGCGACCUCUACGACACGCUCACCAUCACCCAGGCCGUCAUCUUCUGCAACACCAAGCGCAAGGUGGACUGGCUGACGGAGAAGAUGCGCGAGGCGAACUUCACGGUGUCCAGCAUGCACGGGGACAUGCCACAGAAGGAGCGCGACACCAUCAUGAAGGAGUUCCGCUCCGGUGCCAGCCGUGUGCUGAUCUCCACGGACGUGUGGGCCCGCGGUCUCGACGUGCCCCAGGUCUCCCUCAUCAUCAACUACGACCUCCCCAACAAUCGCGAGCUCUACAUCCACAGGAUUGGCCGAUCGGGCCGCUACGGCCGCAAAGGUGUGGCCAUCAACUUCGUGAAGAACGACGACAUCCGCAUCCUGCGCGACAUCGAGCAGUACUACUCGACGCAGAUCGACGAGAUGCCCAUGAACGUGGCCGAUCUCAUCUGAGAAGAGCGUUCCAUCGGCGGCGGCGGCGGCGCUGGGCCAUGAGAAUCGUCCCUCCGCUCGCUCGCUAAUCCCCGUCCCCUCUUGGCAGCGCCCGCAUCUGCCCAGCGCGUUCGUUUUCGUUUGGUUUCUCCGUCUUGUUUUUACAUUUUAGGGGGGCCAUCUGGGGGUCUCCACUUGGCUCUGUGUCGUUCAGUAGACAUACAGUCCAACUGCCUCGCCACGUGUGCAUUGGCCAAGGAUGUAAACAUGGAAUGAGGUAGAGAAAUUGUUAGGCAGCAGCACAGUGUCACAAGCCAGAAUUCCACAUGCACAACUCCUAGCCUCUGUUGCCCUAUGUGUUUUGGGGCCCCUCGUCGUGAGAUGACGAUGUGUUCACAUCUCGGUGUAGCUGGGUAACACUGUGGGCGUGUUGCCCCGUCACCAGCAACACUCACAACCCAUCACUCCACCAUCGUCGGCUCUCGGCAUCAUCGUCAAUAUCGUGACUUGGCACCGCUCUUAAAACUCAAUCGUCCUCAACACCACCACCUUCGUCCUUAACAACACUCGUCACCACCAUCAGUCGUCAAAAGACACAACACCGUCAUCGUCACAGUUUUGGGUGUCAACAACAUGAGCAUUAAUGUGGCAGGGCUGCGUCGCUCCCCCGAGGCCUCGGUGUUGGCAUUGCAGGCCCACACCGACACCGCGGCAUCGGCGGAGGGAGCACACGCCCACACUGCGGCAUCAUAGACCACACGACGCGGUCCGUGUGAAAGCGCGCCGCGGGUAAUUGCAGAAGACGCCCAGCAAAGACGCCCGCACACGGGCAAUGCAGUUGUCAAAUAUACGAGGCCGAUGCCUUCACAGAGCGCAGCCUGAGCGAGAGAGCGCCUUCGCUGACAAAAAGAUCGAUGUAAUAACACGCCGUGGACCAUCACGCUGUCGCGGACGAGAACAAUUCGGAACGACCCAUCAAUAAACAACUGUCGCUGAGAGCAAUGUUAAACACACGUGCUCACGGGAGCAAUGUGGAACACGCCGAUUAACACGCUCGCAAACGAGAGCAACGUUGGGGGGCACACUAUCGACAACCCAUUCCAACUCUGGGUGAAGCCAGCCUCGCCCCCCCCCCGGAUCACGCCACUGAAAUAAAAAUAACCCUAGAAGUGUGCACAUCCAGCUGCCAUCACCACCAUCACCAAUCAUGCCAACCUCACCAUCACCAUCCCUGCCACCACCACCGCACUACUUCACCACAUCGGUGGCCAGUAACGUAAAAAACAAAAAUCUGUCUUGGCCUCGUGGAGAUUUCACUUUUAUAUUAAACCGCGUGGACUGGUUUUAGGCCCAGCGUUACCAUAAAUGGAAUUUCUAACCCAAGUAAGAAUUCCUUCUCUUGAAAAUUAUACCUUGUAAUAAACCCGUCAUUUUGUUAUCCAUCAUGUGACUGUGUGUGUGUGUUUCGCUCAUUGCAUGUAGGAUAUGAUGCAUCAAUAAUGAAAAUGUCUCCCCAACUCGUACAUUUUAGGCACCCCUCGCCGCAGCUUUAGUCAAUGGGCCGGAGCAGAUAUUCGUACCACCAAAGGUAGCAAAAGUCUGCUCGUCCCAAUGUAUUUGUACGGCUAAUGAGCCGUACAGAUACAGGAGAGAGUCCCGUGAAUUACCUGGUAACCCCACUCGCCCCAAGUGGCUAUCGCAUAAUUCACCGUUAUUGGCCACAGAGAUGGGAACAGCCAAGGUUAUGCACCCUACCUCAGGUGUCACCCGCAAGUGAAACACCUUACGGGUGGCACCUGACGGGCGCCACGGUGGCGAGACGCUCGCUACUUCGCCUGCCACCUACAAUCUCCUAGGUUCGAUCCCGACCCUAACGCCUGUGGUUGCAUGGAUUUUUCUCGGGGUCCGCUGGUUUUUCUCUCUACAUUUACAAACGUGUUUUUAGAUUAUUUUGGCUGCUAUAAAUUUAUUUCCACGUGAUACGCAACUUCGUUGAGCUAUAGUUUGUGUUAGCCAGGUCGCUUCUGAAAAACAGCUGUUUUAUUCUACAGUUGAAAUCAUUUUUCGUGGUAAAAUAAAAAAAAAGGU